UAACUUGCGCUCUAGGAAUACUGGUUUACACUAUAUGACUGGUGCAUAUGUAAAUGGAGGUUUGCAGAGUCCUCUGCCACCAACAUUCCAAGGCACUGGCCUAGAAUUUGCAUCACCACUAUCCUCUGUUUUUGUACAAGCUCCCGCAGAAAAAGGUUUUCAUAGUAUUAUGAUAGACUUCCUCAUGGGAGGAGUUUCUGCUGCUGUAUCCAAGACUGCUGCUGCUCCGAUAGAGCGAGUUAAGCUAUUGAUUCAGAACCAGGAUGAGAUGAUCAAAGCUUGUCGGCUGUCUGAACCAUACAAAGGAAUUUCUGACUACUUUGCCCGAACAAUUAAGGAUGAAGGCAUUAUUGCUUUGUGGAGAAGCAACACUACCACUACAGGAAAUCAUUAAUUGCAGGUUUUGGAGUUGGGAAUGAAUUUUCGGACUG